UAAUUUUAUACUGUUGUGGUCAGAAAAAAAAAUGCUUGGAAUAAUUCCCAUCCUCUUAAAUUUGUUGAAGUUUGUUUUGUGACAUAGUGUGUGGUCUAUUCUAGAGAACCUUCCAUGUAUGCUUGAAAAUAAUGUGUAUUCUGUUUUAUUUAUUUAUUUAUUUAUUUAUUUAUUUAUUUUUUUUGGGUGUAGUGUCCUAUAGAUAUCAAGUCCAACUGGUCUAUUGUAUUACUUAGGACCUCUGUUGUUGCCUUAUUGAUUUUCUGUCUGCAUAAUCUGUCAGUGACAGUAUUAUAAUCUCUAUUGAUAAUCUUUCUUAGUUCAGUUAGCAUUUUUGUUACCUCCUUUUUAAACUCUGUGUCUAGCAGAUUGGUGAACUCUGUUUCAUUAUUUGUCUUCCAGGGGGUUUCUCUUGUUCUUUUAAUUGGGAAUGUUUCCUAUGCCUUAGGAGAAAUAAUCAUUUUCUGUGACAUUGAAAGAGUGUUUUUAAUGUGGGAGUACUCCUGUGUAAAUUGUGUGUGUCUGAUGUGUUUGGUGUGGCAAUGAAAAAUUAAUCAGUUGAUCUAAGAAAGAGAUGGAAAAUUUUAUUUGAGCUAAAUUUGAGGAUUAUUUCCUAGAAAGAGCAUUUCAUAAAUCUCUGAGAACUGUUCUGCCCAUUAGAAGUCCAGGCACAGUUAGGUAAGUUUUUUGAGAUAGAGGGCUGUACAUUAAAUGAUGUAUCAUUGGCAGUUUACACGGUCCAGGUCUAAGCAUCAUCAUGGCCAUUUGCAAGAUAAGAGAGAUAUCAUCUUUUAAGAAGUUGUCUUACUUAUGCUAGAAGAAUGUUGCUGUUUAUAGUUGAGCAGGUUUUCCUGCCAAUGGGGGAGGUUUGAGCGAUGCAUAAUGCAGAUACACAAUGCACAGUAAGUACGAGAGAGGAGACCAAGGGAGGCUGAGAAAGUUACUUAUGUUUAAAUUUAUGUUGUCUUUCAAUAGUUUUAUUUCCCAGGUGUCAGGGAUGGUUUUAAUAUGGAUGCCAGCCAUGUCUUUCCUCAGGGUGUGCUGGCCUUAUCCCCUUGAUGGGGCAGGCAUGGUUGGUCCAGUAUCUAGUGCCCAUGAUGAAUGUGAGGUAGGGUUUCUUUCAGCUCUAUAGCUGUCAUCACCACCCUGUCAGUGGUGGGGUACACUCCCUAAUUGUUGGAAUAGAAGCUUUGAAGGUCAAGUUUGAUCAGGCUCCUUUGUACUUGUGUGCAUGCCCUAUCCCAAAAGAAGAGUUGGUGAAGCAGGUGAGGCCCAUGUGGAUUAUCUGCCACCUGUUUAGGAGUCCGCAGUUCCACUCAGAAACAGCCUAAGGUCUCAUCCCUUUUUCUGUUGUGUACAUCCCAGACCUAGUGCAAGGCAGUGGUACAGAGUAGGCUGGAACUAGGAUUCUGGAUGUUAUGGCUUUAGGAAUUGAAGUGGUUGUGCUCCCAUCUGAGAUCUUGGCUUCCCCUGUAACAGACUUCUCCCAGGAAUUGUCUGCCCCAGAUUUAGUGCUAAGCUGUGGUGUGCAGUGGGCAGAGCAAGUGUGCUCUCUCUGGGAGAGGACCCACUGUGUACUCCUGAGUGUGCUGAUAAUGGCCUUUGCCGCUCACCCAGAUCACACCCCAGGCCCUCGGGGCUGUUUCUGUAUAACUAGAUUAAGCCCUCUCUUAGGGCUUGUCUGCCCAACCUUCAGCACUUAGCUGCUGUGUGCUUCUGUGGCGGCUGCCCCACACAAAUGCUGACAGUGACCCCUGUGGCUACACCUUGUGCCCCAUGCACGCACUGAUAAUGGUCUCCACGUCUCCACUCAGAUCACACCCUAGGCGCCCUGGUUAGUAUCUGUGCAGUUAGACCAAGUCUCUGCCCAGAUCUCGUGCCAGGCUAUGGUGUUGAGUGAGCAGGGCCAGGGUGUUCACCUUUUCAGAUUAGGAAGUGCAGUGAGGUGACAGCCACAGUGCAAGGCUCUCUCCACCCUGAUUGUCAGCAAGCCAACAUGUGUGCACUCUUCCCAAGUAGAGUCUAGGCUUCUUUAGCCCAUCUAUCUGUCUCAGCAGAUUUCCCAUCUCCUCUGUGCAGGUCUCCAGCAUGGGAUGCCCAGAUUGUGGUUUUACUAGUUCACUCCCCAGGGCAGUGGUCCACCUGUUUGGACCUUUUCUUCCUUAAGAUCCCUCCCAGGGGUACAGGUCCUGACCCAGUGCCUUUUUUCCCCAUUUUACUCAGUUACAUGGAGAUCUUUCUUGCAGCUCUGGUUGUGUAGGAGUUCUGCCAGUUUCCAAUUCUUUGCCAGUUUCCAAAUUCUAUGCCUACUUCUGCCAGCUUCCUUGUUCUCUGCCUACUUCACAUUCAUCCUUAUUUAUAAGGUAAAGUCUUACAAUAAUGCCUCCUCUUCCUGGCCCUGAAUUUUUGUUCUCUUUCUGGUAGCCCCAGGAGUUUGUCAAGUGUUCUAAAUCACUUAUCAGUUACUAGUAGAGCUGGGAAAUCAACCUAGACAGUCUGAUUUCAGAUCCUGGUUAAUUAAUAACCUGCCAUGCCACCUACACCAUGAAGGAAGAGUUUAGAGUUUUGUUUGUUUUCUGUCUUAACACCUACACUUAACAUGGCACAUGGCAGAUGUUCAGCAAAUAUUCAUUAAACAUAAGAAUUAAUCUGCUCCCGUUUACAAUGUUAUUAAUGGAGGUAUUUCCAAUCUCGCAAAUUAUUGAGUGACAUUUUGGGCUUAUAGCUGUAAUAUGAUUUUACAUGUUGUUUGUUUGUUUUUGCUGAUGUGAUUAUUUCUUUGUUUCGUAUUAUUUCUUAGUAUUUUCAUAAGAAUUGGGAAAACUGCUGGACAAAUUCAUCUGGAAAUUUGCAUGAAUAACUUAUUGAUCUUUGUUCUGUGCUUGAAGUUUUGUACAUAUUAGAAGCUCAGUAGGUGCUGAAUAAAUUUAAAAUGUAGAUAUACACAACUUCUCAAAUAUUUCAAAUGUUUAUUGUUUUCUUGUCAUCCUUUAAGCUUGGUUAGAAAAUUAAGUAAUUCAAGUGUAAGUAAUUUACUCAUCUAAAAUUUACAUUUUGUUAGAUCAUCUUAACCUCUUUUUUAAAAAAGUCUUUACUCCCUUUGUAGAGUUGAAGGAUGGAUUUUUCGUGGUUCUACAAAUUUAUGGUUCUUGUGUGGAAGAAUUUUAUUUUAAAGAGGCGGCAAUUCAUUGCUUUAGUUGUGGAAAUCAUCCUCGCAUUUCUAUUUGCUGGUACCCUUUUGUUAACUCGUAAGUUUAUCGUUAUAAGGAAGUAUGGACCUUUCAAUUACUCUGUUCAGCCUGUGGAUGAGUUGCCUUCGUUCCUUAGAGACACUCCUUCUUCUGGAGCAUGGGAAUUGGCUUUCGUGCCUUCCAAAAGUGUUGCGGUGAAGAAUAUUGUUGAAACCGUGAAAAGGGAUUUACACUACAACUUUAAAGUUCAAGGCUUUUCUUCAGAAAGAGAUUUUGAAGAUUAUGUUAAGGAAGAGGAUAACUCUAAAAGAGUGAUGGUUGCUUUUGUUUUUGACCACGAGUUCAAAAAUAGCAAUGAUCCCCUGCCACUUAAGGUAAAAUGUCAUCUGCGUUUUAGUAGUUUUCAGAGGAACAAGUAUGUGCGGUUUAAUCGACCUGGAGGCUGGGAAACAGGCGCUCUCUUUCCAUCUCUUCUUUCUGUGGGACCCAGAAAUGAACAUUUUGCAGAUGGAGGGAGUCCUGGUUACAUCACUGAAGGGUUCCUGGUUAUGCAACAUGCCUUGAAUAAAGCCAUCAUGAAAUAUCAUGACCACAUUGCUGCACAAGAGCUGUUCAAACGUGUCACCGUUUUUGUUCAGAGAUUUCCAUACCCAAUAUAUGAUCAUGAUUACUUUUUAAAAUUUUUGGUUAUUUUUACCCCUUUAGUAAUCUUAUUUAUCUUUGCUAUGAAUCAUCUUACCCUCAUUCAGUCUAUUGUGUGGGAAAAGGAAAACCGAUUGAAGGAGUACCAGCUCAUGGUAGGACUCAGUAAUUGGAUGCUUUGGGCUGCCUAUUUCUUCACAUCCCUCUCUUUCUAUUCAGUUAUCAUCUCUUUGAUGUGCCUUAUUUUCUUUGCCAAGAUUGAACCCGUGCCAGUCAUCCAAUACAGUGACCCAUCUCUUGUAUUUGUCUUUUUGCUGUGUUUUGCCAUCGCCACAAUAUUCUUCAGCUUUAUGGUUAGCACGUUCUUCAGUAAAGUAUAUUUUGCUGUUUCUGUUGGAGGUUUCCUUUAUCUUGCCACCUACUUUCCAGCUUUCAGCAUCUCUUCAAACUAUGCACCGAUGACACUUGCCCAGAAACUGGCUUCCUGUCUCAGCUCAAAUAUUGCAAUGGCACUGGGUACUAAGUUCCUAGUCAAGGCAGAAAUGGACAAAAUUGGAAUUAAAUGGAGUAACAUCUUCUCUCCAACCAAAGUGGAUGACUUUGCCUUUGUUUAUAUACUGGGAAUGUUUUUAUUUGAUGCUUUCUUGUAUGGCCUUGUGGCUUGGUAUAUAGAAGCUGUCUUUCCAGGAGAGUAUGGUGUGUCCAAACCAUGGAACUUUUUCCUGCUGCCCUCUUACUGGUUUGGGGAAAAAAGUGAGGCAAAAAAAGAAACAAGAGAAAUUUAUAAGAUAACUGGAAGCAAGUAUUUUGAAGCUGAACCUUCUGACUUGGUGGCAGGUAUCCAGGCCAAACAUCUGUGCAAGGAAUUCCGAGAGAAGAACACUACCAAAAUAGCUGUAAAAGACUUAACUUUGAAUUUGUAUGAGGGGCAGAUCACCAUUCUUUUAGGACAUAAUGGGGCAGGAAAAUCCACUACUCUGUCCAUUCUCUCAGGCCUUUGUCUUCCUACCAACGGAGAGGCCUAUGUUAAUGGAUAUGACAUCUCAAAGCAGAUGGUCCAGAUCAGGAAAAGCUUGGGCUUGUGUCCCCAGCAGGAUUUAUUGUUUAAUUACUUGACAGUAUCAGAACACCUUUAUUUCUAUUCCGUGAUAAAAGGAAUCCCUCGAAAGAUGCGUCUUACAGAGACAAACAAGAUGCUCUCUACUUUUAACUUGCUAAAAAAGCGUAAUGCAUUUUCAAUGUCACUGAGUGGAGGAAUGAAGCGCAGACUCUCCAUCAUUAUAGCCCUUAUAGGGGACUCAAAGGUGGUGAUACUUGACGAACCAACAUCUGGCAUGGACCCAGCCUCAAGGAGGGCCACCUGGGAUCUCCUUCAGCAUUACAAGCAGGGUCGUACCAUCUUCCUGACCACCCACUACAUGGAUGAAGCUGACGUCCUGGGUGACCGAAUUGCCAUCAUGGUUGAGGGAUCCCUGCGGUGCUGCGGCUCUUCAGUCUUCCUAAAAAAAAUAUAUGGUGUGGGAUACCAUAUAAUCAUGGUGAAGGAACCUCACUGUGAUAUCGAAGAAAUCUCCAAAUUGAUUUAUUAUCAUAUACCAACAGCCACGUUGGAGAAGAAUGUUAGAAAUGAAUUAUCUUUUAUUCUACCUAAAGAGUAUACACACAGGUUUGGAGUUCUGUUUACUGAUUUGGAAAAGAGACAGAAAGAGCUGGGCAUAGCUAGCUUCGAUGCCUCUAUCACUAGCAUGGAAGAAGUCUUCCUUCGGGUCAGUAAUAUGGAAGAUUCAGAGACAGAUAUUCAAGCUACCCAACCUCAUCCUCCCUCCCCAAUGAAUCAAGUCUCAGUCAAGAACCAGAAUAGGAAUAUGUCCAGAAAUGAGACAGCAGAUUCCUCCACGAUGAAUGAAAGCCCUGCUGUUACGUUUAACACGGGGGUAAGCACCUUUGCUAAGACACCUAAUGUAUCUGUGCUUGGGGUGCAAGAGGCACAUUUUGUUUUGACACUUGAACGACAGAAGUGUGGAGUUUUCAGCCAUUGCAGACCCAACCAGACUCAAGCAGUCUGUACCAUAACCUCAUUAACUUCCUAAUGCAGAAGUGAUAACGUUCUACAUAAAGAUCUCAG